CUGCCGCUGCUCGGUGGAGCUGCAGUUUUUUUUUUUUUCCUCUCACGGCUAUGAUUGACAGAGGCAGCAGAGCUUUACACGGGCAUGUCCGCACGCUCGCUCGCUUGUUGUCGUAACAACAGAGAGACCUGCAGCAUGGCGAGUCCACAGAGAGCCCAGCGCUGCCGCCGCUGCUCGCCCGCCGGGAGGACAGCGUGUCUCGGACUCUUCAGGAUGUUAUUUAUUGCCGUUGUUCACGCGGCGCGGGCAGAUCAACAAGCUUUCAUUCAGUCAGACACAAUUCUAGAGGUCCUACACUUUGGUGAGGGCAGCCUUUUACAGGCGGAGUCUGAUAUUGAUUUUAGUUUAUAUCAUCAACAGAGCACGUCCCCACACCGAGGGAACUGCCGACCUAUACGAUUUGAACCUCCAAUGUUAGACUUUCAUGAACAGCCUGUUGGAAUGCCAAAAAUGGAGAAAGUUUAUUUACAUAAUCCUAGCUCAGAAGAAAUUAGUUUGAUAUCAAUAUCAGCAACAACGGCACAUUUUCACGCCUCCUUUUUCCAGAAUAGGAUAAUUCCACCAGGAGGGAACACAUCUUUCGAUGUGGUGUUUCUUGCUCGAGUUGUUGGGAAUGUAGAAAACACUUUAUUUAUUAAUACGUCGCAUCAUGGAGUGUUUACAUACCAGGUUUUCGGGGUCGGCGUCCCCAACCCCUACAGGCUGCGGCCCUUCAUAGGGGCCCGGGUCCCUGUGAACAGCAGCUUCUCCCCUCUAAUAAACAUUCACAACCCGUACAGUGAACCGUUGCAGGUUGUGGAGAUGUAUUCCAGUGGUGGGGACCUGCAUUUAGAGCUUCCUACGGGCCAACAAGGAGGCACCGGAAAGCUCUGGGAGAUUCCUCCCUUCGAGACAAAGGGGGUCAUGAGAGCCAGCUUCUCUUCAAGAGACGCGGACAACCACACCGCUUUCAUCAGGAUCAAAACCAACGCUCCAAACGAGGACCAGUUCAUCAUCCUCCCCGUUGAGGUGGAGGUCACAUCAGCUCCUGGUAUAUACUCCUCCACAGAAAUGCUCGACUUCGGUACACUUCGAUCACAAGAUCGCCCAAAACUCCUGAAUCUACAUCUUUUAAAUUCAGGGACAAAAGAUGUUCCAAUCACAAGCGUACGCACAACGCCAUCAAACGAAGCAGUCACUGUGGACUUUAAAGCAGUUACACUCAAAGCUGGAGAGAGCAGAUAUACUAAAGUUGCAACUAUUAGUUUUGACGCCUCUAAAGCAAGAAGACCAUAUCAGUUCUCUGGUAAAAUUACAGUUAAAGCAAAAGAGAAGAGUUAUUCCAAGCUCGAAAUCCCAUACCAGGCAGAGGUUUUAGAGGGCUACCUGGGCUUUGACCACACAGCGACGUUGUUCCACAUCAGAGACAGCCCCGUGGACCCAGUGGACCGAGCCAUUUUCCUCACAAACGCCUUCAGCUUUGCGAUCCAGAUACACAACGUGUCCCUGCCCGAAGAGGCCAAAACCAUGUUUAAAGUGCAGAACUUCAGCGCGCCCAUCGUCAUCCCUCCACACGAGUCCCGUUACAUUUUUUCCCUCCUCUUCCGGGCCGUCAGACCAUCCAUUCACAUAGACAGCAAUAUCUUGCUGAUCACAAACGCGUCCAAGUUUCACCUUCCUGUCCGGGCUUACACGGGCUUCUUGGAGCCCCUCGUCCUGCCCCCCAGCGUGAAGGAGAACGUCCUGGACUUCGGCGUACGCAGCGCCACAGACGCCAGCAGCAUCGUAUUCGUGGUGGUCAACAGCAACCCCAUCGAGCUGGAGAUAAAGUCUUGGCUGGUCACAGGAGACAGCCUCUCCAUGGAGCUGCUGAAGACGGAGAAGGGAAACACGAGUGCAGCACUCGGUCACCUGCUGGAGCUGCAGAACUCAUCAGCCUCGCAGCGCAAAACGGUCAUACUAGCAUCUGGCUACUAUGCAGCUUUCAGAGUGACCUUAGUGGCCAAGGCCCUCGAGGGCGUCUAUGAUGGAGCCAUUCACAUCACAACAGAUUAUGAGAUAUUAACCAUCCCAGUGAAAGCGCUCAUCGCAGUGGGGGCGCUGAACAGCUCACCCAGGCACAUCGUUCUGCCGCCUUCAUUUCCAGGAAAAGUGGUCCACCAAAGCUUCAACAUCCAGAGCUCUUUCACGCAAAAGGUGCGGCUGCAGCAGAUCCGCUCGCUGACGGAGGACAUCAGGUUUUAUUACAAGCGGCUGCGCAACAACAAAGACGAGCUGGAGCCCAGACGAAAAACCAAGGUGGCAAAUAUUUAUUUUGACGCCAGCUUGCAGUGUGGUGAUCAGUGUUAUGUGGGCCUGCCAUUUGUGCUUAGAUCUGAGUCCAAGCCCCAUGGGCUGGCGUUACAUGAGGAUAUCUGGGAUGCUGAUGUAGACCUUCAUCAGAAACUUCUUAAGCGAUGGCAGGAGAUCAAAGAACGUUCAGGACACAAAAUUGAAGCCGUCUUUGAAGUCAACACGGACCUCCAGAAAAACAUUGAAGCUAAAAUAACGGCCCAUUUGACGUGGCCUUCACUUGUCAACUCUUCGCGGCGGAUCACGUUCCCCCUGACCAACACAAACAGCUCCUCUGAUGAGGAAGUGAUUCUGCAGAACCCUGCAGACGUCCCCGUCUACGUCCAAGUUCUCCCGCUGGCGCUUCUGCCCAACCCCUCCGUGUUUUCUGGAAAGCUGGCAGACAGGUUGCCUUUAGGAAAUCUGUCCAGCAUCAACAUCGAUGCUAGCACCUUAGAGUUCCAGGUUUACAGAAAUCAAACAUCUCUAAUAAAGAGCAGCUCAGGGUUUGUUGAAGGCUCAACCAGACCCUUUGUCUACAAUCUCAUGCUGCUGCCGGGGGAAAUCAAGUCAUUCAGCGUGAGGUUCACGCCCAUCACAAACCACAGCGUCUCCUCCCUCCUCAUUGUCAGGAACAACCUGACAGUGAUCGACACAAUCGUGCUUCAUGGACGGGGUACGACGGAGAGCCUGAAAGUGUCGGGGAAGCCUCCGGGGCAGGGCAGCUCGCUGAGGUUUAAGAUGACUGAGGCGCUCCUGAAAGACUGCACAGAAAAAAUAAAGGUUAGGGAGCCAAACUUCACUCUCAGAAGAACCUUCAGAGUGGAGAACACCGGAUUGCUCCCGAUCGCCAUCAAAUCGGCAGAAAUCAACGGACUAGCUUGUGAAGGAUAUGGAUUCAAAGUUCUCAACUGUCAAGAGUUUGCACUUAAGCCAAACGCUUCAAGAGACCUCAUCAUACUGUUUACACCGGACUUCACCUCGUCUCGAGUGAUCCGGGAGCUGAAACUGGUGACGCGAGGCGGCUCGGAGUUCGUGUUCGUCCUGAACGCCUCGCUGCCGUACCACAUGCUAGCUGCUUGUGCUGAAACCCUGCCCAGACCCAGCUGGGAGCUGGAGCUCUACAUCAUCGUGUCCGUCGUCAUGAGCUCCAUGUUUCUGCUGGUGAUAGUUACAGCUUACCUGGAGGCCCAGAGCAUCUGGGAGCCUUUCAAGAGGCGCGUCUCUGUGGAGUCCAACUCCAACAUGGAGACCGGGAGACCUUUUAACCUCAGGGAAAUUGUGCACAUUCACAACAGUGAUUUCAAUGACUAUGGCGACUCAUCCCAGAACUCCAGGGGAUUUUACCCAUCCAGCAAUGGCACAGCGAAGGUUGGAGGCCGACACGGCAACAGCCGUACCUUACCAGAAGCCGACUGCCAAGACAAGAGGCCCAGGAUCCCCAUUAGCCGCCAAUCUAUGCAAGCUACUCCAUCUCAGCUGCACAAAGCAAGUUCAUCCUCUGGCCAAGAUGGCCCUCCAGCUCCCAGCCAGCUGAUCAAUCGGAAAGCUCGCAACAUCAAGCAGUUGGAUCACCAGACUCAGACUCUAGCUGGGUCAUCAUUGCAGGAGGAUCCAGAAUAUUCCAGCUUGAUAGGAGCCAUGGACAACGACCUCGACCGUCCAGAGUCACUUGUUACUGAAGCUUUACAAGAGCAGAGCUCUCGGUCCAUUCAAAGCAAAGUGUUGGAAUCCAAAGGGAAGCAGCGUUCAAAAACAAAAGCCCCAAGAAAGAAGGAAGAAAAGGAGAAAAAGUCCAGAUUAAAGACUCAGGGAGAUGAGCUCAAAGACAGCCUGGCAGACAACGACGACAGCUCCUCCACCACCACAGAGACCUCAAAUCCAGAUGUGGAGACGAACCUCAAAGAGGAACCAGUGAAAAAGAAAGGAAGGACGAUAACUCCUGGAACGACAAAAGAGGAAACCUUAAAUUUCCCAUGCAAACCCAAAGAGAGGAAACAAGAAGUUACAAAGAAGGAGACCCCAACAGAAAAAUCCAGUUCUCUGGAGCUGCCAUACGUAACCCCACUGGAAAACAAGCAGCGCAGGAGCUUUCCAUCCAAAGCUCUUCACCCCCUUAUCUCAAAGACGAGACCUGCGGCGAAACAAAGAAAAGACGUCAAUAAAGACGACGGGCGCCCCCUCCUCUUAGCCAAGCUGUCGUCCAGCUCCUCUGUCCCAGAGCUGGGCCACAGCAGCAGCUCCGAAGGAGAGAAGGACUAUGCUCCUCCAGAGUGGGACAUGCCUCUUCCUAUCAGCGGCACGCCUGCAGAUAGUCUUCAGGAGAUCGCCCUCCAGACAUUAAACGCAGAUCCUUUCCUGAAGAGGUCCGCCACAGCUGGGACCUGCUCCCCCCCGCCGAUCUCCCCUAGCUUACUGUCCCGAGGAUCCUACAGCAGCGUGCUGAACAGUCACAGUGAGCCGCUCCAGAAAAAGGCACCAGGAAAUAAGCUGUCUACAGGCACUCCACUCCCAGGCAAAAACGGGAACCCCACCUUUGCUGCUGUGGCUGCAGGUUACGACAAAAGCCCAGGUGGCUCCGGCCCAGGUAAAGGAGACACCCAAGGCAAGACUCUGGCAAACAUGGCCUCGGUGGAAAGCGACAGCUCAGAGAGCUCUGGGUUAUGGAGUCCAGUUGACACGGCCGGUAGUCCAAACUACCAGUCUGACAACUCUUUCUCUGCUUUUGGACCCAACAGCUCCUUCAACCUGCUGAGAGUUUUCAGCGGAAUGAAUCUCCCAAAGCCGUCGGAGCCUCAGCCAAGCUGGCCAGAGUUCACCCCGGUCUCCUCCGCCAUCUGGGACAUCCCGAGCAGCGACCCGCUGCACUCCUGGCCCAGCAGCUCCAGCUCGCCCACCGCCCCGACUGCAUCAUUCCUGGGAACCGCUGGCAAUCCGUGGUCUACGACCGCGCCCUUCGGCAGCUCCAUCUGGUCAACGAGUGCAGAUUCAGCGUUGCACCCUUUCUCGCCGCCGACCAGUUCAGCCGCCCUGACUAAUCUGGUCAGCAGCCCCGCCCCGUCGUCGCCGACUCCCACCGAGAUGAGCCGGACCUUCAACCCCUGGAGCGCGUGGCGUCCCACCCUGAGCAGACGCAGCUCCGAGCCCUGGCCCAGCUCCUCUGAUAAUGGCAACUAGGCAGCAGAUGGCAGCACUUAACGGAGGUUACGUGUGCUAGACAAAGCAUUUUAUAAUCGGAGAAUCCCCUCGGAAAGCAACAUUAUUUGGAUUGGCCCAGUAAUGGGGGUCCCCACCCCACAUUUAUUUCCCCUGCAGCUUUUUACUCCUGAGGGCUGUAAUGCUAACUUUUAAUUUGGGUUUGUUUUAACAGAAGCCCCUAAGAUAAACAUGGAUGGCAUAGAAAGAAUAAUGCAGCAUCCAUUUCCAGAAACGUGGCAAAACCUUUAAGUUUAGUGUUAAAUGACUUAUUGACGCCAUGUGCCAGCUCAGCUCCUACUGGUUUCUAGUCAAAGCUUCUUUGAGAAGCCAAACGGAGCUACAUUCACAACGGGAUCAUUGCACUUUGUUUUUAUUUGGCAGAAGGGAUCUUUAGAAAUCUAAAAUUUGAUUGGUUUAUUUUUAUUUUUCUACCCCUCAUUCCAUAACAGUUUUAGGAAUAUUCAUGUUGUCCAUUUUUAAAGUGGAAUUAUUUGGUCCAGUGAUCAGAUAAAAUAAAUUCCUCAGUUUGGGGUUUGAACUGUGCUCUCGUCGCCUUCGUUUGUCUGCGAAUUUAAUUAAAGGAUUUCAGCAGAAAA